AUGACGUUAGCUGAAAUGUACUCUUUUCCGACUAGUAAAUCCGGAGGAAGUGCGAACGGUAGUGGUGGAUCACUAGUUUCGUCAACGACUUCAUCCUCUGGGGGAUCAUCGGUGGCAUCAACAUCGUCAGUCGUCGGGGAGGCUGCAGUUACUUCCGUCUCGUCUUCAGUGGUGUCUACGAUCCAAUCAAUGGUUGUUACUGCAGCUGCUGUACUGCCGGAUCAGUUGGCUGGAUCUGGAACUACAAACUGUGUCACAGCGUCAUCUGUGGCUACUACGACAACCUCGAUCUCUUCCGUUGCUACGGGGUUGCAACAAUCUCCAUCAAGUACCGCCGCAUCUUUGUCUCCGCAGUGCGAUCAGAUCGGGUCGAAGAUAGCCGGCGUUUCGUUGACUAACACUAGCAGUGUUAGUAAUAACGGUAGCAGUACCGGCAACGGCAUGUUUCCCGAAGUUUUCAAAUUGGACGAUAUGUUGGAGUUGGAGAAUGUUGGCAACGGAACUCUUAGUGAAAAUGGGAGCACCAGUGGGGGCUAUCAGCUUGAUAACGCUUCCCUCUCUGAUUUGAUGGAACAGGACUGUACACUAUGCCAAAACAAAUUUACGUCACCCCGUGUAUUGUCCUGUUUGCAUGUUUUCUGUGAGGUCUGCCUGGAUACACUCCUUGCAGAUGGUUCAGGCGAAAAGAUCCUUGAAGGUGGCAAAGGAAGUUCUCUCCAUUCAAUUGCCUGCCCAAUAUGUAAACAAUCGACUUCAGUCGGUCCGAAGGGUGCAGCUGGAUUGCAUCAAGAUUACAUCCUUAGUAACGUACUGGAUUUAUCUUCGAUCGAGCCGGCACUGUUGGCUUGUACUUCGUGCAAAAGCAAGGAGAUGGCAAUAUCUCGCUGUAAUGAUUGUGCCAAUUUUUUGUGCGCAAGCUGCGAGUACGCGCACCAGCAUAUGCGCUGUUUUGAGGACCAUAAAGUAGUUCAGCUGGAAGAUUUGCGCAAGUCCGCGGAAAAGGUGGCGAUCCACAAGCCACUUUACUGCACUGUACAUUCGAUGGAAAAUCUUAAGUACUACUGCUUUAAUUGUCAGACACCGGUUUGUAAUGAGUGUCUUAUCGGUGAGCAUAAAGGAAAUGAUCAUAAUUAUCAUAUCAUAAGCGAGGCCGAGAAACCUAUGCGUCUCGAAGUAGAGGCCCUGGUAAGAGAGACAAAAUCAAAGAUCGAAUAUUACAAUCAGGCAACAAGUAAACUGGAGUUAUCACUACAUGAUUUGCAAAGCCAAUAUGAAACGGCACGUGAUCUAAUCAAUGAGUCAUUCCAGAGCUUUAAAGCGGUACUUGAGCAAUGUCGUGAAAAUGCAUUAAAAAAGUUAGAGAAAAUGCAUUCCGAGCGUGAACUAAAGAUCAUGGACUUGUAUGAUGUUGUCGAGAAAAUGGUCGACAAAAUUGAAGUCUCCACGAAAUACGCUCGGAAAGUUUUGGAUCAAGGGAAUGGACCAGAGUUAUUAAGUUUGAAGAACAUGAUAUGCACUCAAUUGAACCAGGUACUGGGUACAGCUCCGAAGAUAGAUGUAAACUUUUCGCUUGAGUUCCAGAGUAAUUACGAAAAGUUUGAGCAACUGGUACCAGAUCUGUUUGGCAAGUUUCGUACAGAGUCAUCGUUAUCGGGAAAUACUAACGAAACUACACCUCCCCCAACGCUACCCGGAGUACCAAUAAUGGUGACGGAUGGACACCUCCCGUCGGUGAAUGGAAACUGUGGUCUAACACAAGGCCCACUUACUGCUUCGGUGACGGCAAGCAGUCCGAUUUCGCUACCAACUUCCAUGCAAUCCUCAUUUGAUGGUGAUAUUUCGUCGCUCGGAACAGGAUAUAUGUUGCCGAACGUUCUCACUCCCGAACCUCCAACUGCAGCAGCAUCGAUUUCCGGCUCAUCUAAUGCACUGAGUGCAGGUACAUCCUCGACUGGCGUCGUAGUAAACACUGGCCCUACAAGUAUGGCUGGACUAUCAAGUAUUGCCGAGUACAAUCUUCAUCGGCUGGCAAAUCUUGCUGGCGAAGCCACGUCAACCGAUAUUACCGAUUCAAUUGUUCCCGUCGUAAACAACAAUUCGGCACCGGUGGCAACCGGCGGGGCAACACCUAACUUUACACUAGCUGAUUUAAUAUCUGGGAAUCAGCACGCCAUUCAGGCACUUGCUAAGUACUCGAUGGGUGGCCAGGAUAUGACCAACGGUGCGAUGCUGACGCCCCACUCAAGCUUGGAUAACGUGCCAAUGAUGAACGAUUUCCCGGGUGUACUGCCGGGCUCGACGUCUCCUGUCCUGCCUGUUCCACCGAACAUGCCGAACAUGGAUGGACCAGGAAUGAAUGGGACUGGUGGUGACAUGGCUAUGAGCCGCUUCCAACCAUCGAUGUGCGUGAAUGGACGUACGAAGGCCACACCGAUGCAGAUCCGAUGCAAAUUUGGAUCUCUUGGUCAAACAAAGGGACAGUUCAAUUCACCUCACGGUUUUUGUCUGGGCGUUGACGAGGAAAUCGUGGUGGCCGAUACGAACAAUCAUCGCAUUGAGAUAUUCGAAAAAAAUGGAACGUUCAAGUUUUCGUUCGGCGUACCGGGCAAGGAGGAGGGUCAGCUUUUCUACCCGCGAAAAGUAGCAGUCAUGCGCACUAGCGCCAAGUUUGUAGUGUGCGAUCGUGGUAAUGAACGUUCGCGUAUGCAAAUUUUUUCCAAGAACGGACAUUUCAUAAAGAAAAUAGCCAUCAGAUACAUCGACAUUGUAGCGGGAUUAGCGGUUACUAAUAAGGGUUUAAUUGUUGCUGUGGAUAGCGUUUCCCCGACUGUUUUCAUCAUAUGCGAGGAUGGUAAUCUUAUUCAUUGGUUCGAUUGUAGCGAUUUCAUGCGUGAGCCAUCCGACAUUGCGAUUAAUGGAACUGAUUUUUUCGUGUGUGACUUCAAGGGACAUUGUGUCGCGGUAUUCUCCGAAGAAGGUACAUUCAAGUAUCGUAUCGGCAGCGAGAAAAUAACCUGUUUCCCAAACGGUAUUGAUAUAUCGGAUGCCGGAGAUGUGUUGAUCGGAGAUUCGCACGGUAAUCGAUUUCACGUUGCAUGUUACUCAAAAGAUGGGCAACUUCAGUCGGAGUUUGAGUGUCCCUAUGUAAAGGUAUCGCGCUGUUGUGGACUUAAAAUUACUUCCGAGGGAUAUGUGGUAACUUUAGCCAAAAAUAAUCAUCACGUGCUUGUCCUGAAUACUCUCUACAUUCAGUGA